AUGCAUCUGACAGAUGCGUGCAAUAGGUGUAUGCCGAAAGCGUCUUACGAAUGGGGGAAAAAACCGUGCUAUUGGUGGACACAGACUAUCGCCAAACUCAGGAAGGAGUGCAUGCGUCUAAGGAGGAAGCUGCGGAGAUUUAGGGCACGGCACGAAGAUUGCGCUACAAGUGUCGAAGAGUUUAGGCUUCUGAAGAGGAACCUCAAGACGGAAAUCAAGAAGAGCAAAGACAACAGCUGGCGCGAACUAUGCAAUCAGGUAGAGACCGACCCUUGGGGUACUCCUUACAAGCUGGCCACAAAUAAGCUUGUAGGACGGAGACCCAUUACAGGGAUAACAAAACCUGGAUGA